AAAGAAGUUGCACGCGACCAAGCAGAGACCGACCAAGCGCUAUCCGAGCCGACGCCUAAAUCCAAAUACUGCUGAAAGAUGAUCGUGCGACACAAUUCGAUAUUUGCGCUGCUGGCGUUCAGCGCUCUUGCCCUCAGCCAUGCCCACUUUCCGGAGUAUUGCGCCGAGUGCGAGCAGGAGAUUUGGGAGCAGGUGCCGUGCAGCGAGAUAAGCUCUACCACGUCCCGGCCACCCAUCACAACGACUGGCUCGACGCCCACGAUCAGCACCACAACGCAAACACCGCCGACUGUGACCACGCCCUCCACCACAUUGCCCCCAACACUGCCGCCCAUUACGUCAACCCUGCCCCACAUCUACACGACGCCGCCAACGCCCUACCCAACGUCAUCGACCUACAAGAAGUGUUACUGCGAGUGCAAGCUGGGCUGCAAGGAGUUCUGCCGCAAGGUGUCCGUGGCCAGUCCCAAGCAACAGAUCACGCAGAUCUCCUCCACUGGCGACUAUGCGCCAGGCGGUCAGGUCGAGUACACGCAGUCGCUGCAGCGCAAAUACUAUCCCAAGUAUGCGGUGGCCGGCAAGAGCUACAAGCCCUACCCCGCGGUAUACAAUGAGGCGGCGGUCGCCGCAUCCGCGCCAGCUGCGAAUAACAUAAAUGCGCCCAACUACACGCUGGAGGAGCUGGCGCAUCUGCUGAGCUCAUCCUAUGGCGUUCGCAAGGGCUAUCCGGCCAGUCCGCAGCCGCCGCAACAGCAAACGGUCUACUACGCACCACAGCCUCUGAUCUCUCGACUCCAGCCGCAGUACAGGCAGGUCAUCAACAAAGUUUCGCCACGCAAGGAGCAUGUUAUAAUUAAGACAGCAUCGGCUGCGGUUGCUGCCUCGGGUGGUGCCGUGGCCAAGGCCAAGACGCCGUACGGUGAGGUGGUGGCCACAUCGGCGCCCAUCUAUGAGAGCACCACCUCGUAUCCCAUUCCAGCGCCAGAGCCACCCAAAUCGUAUGCUGAGCCCGAGCCAGAGCCUGAGCCAGUGCCAGUGCCAGUGCCCGAGCCAGUGCCCGUGCCACUGCCCAUGCCCCAGACCGAGGCAUACCCCUCCCAGACAGAGGCCUAUCCGGACAAGUCCUACGAUGCGCCCGAGCCGAAGAUCAAAUCAGAAUCAUCGUCCUUCGAUCUGGCCAUAGACAAUUACCUGAAGGACUUCGGCUACGGCAACCAAGUGCGAGAUCUGGAUUACUAGCUCGCUGCGCCGCCAAUUGUUAUUAGUUGUUGCUAGGUUUAGGGCUAAGCCUAAGUAUUAUGUAUGUAUGCACGUCUACAUAUGUACGUAUUUAGUCUGACAACGCAUUGUUCAUGUAUUUAUUUAUUUCUCUCCUUGUGCGUUGACUUGUUGAACUCAUCAUAAUAUAUCAAUCAAUGAUUAUAAAACCUUUGCAGUGGAAUUUUUUCUGAGACUUUAGAGCGCAACGAAUCAGCCUCAUCAGCCUCUUGGCUAUUCAGGAAUAUAUAGCAUAUAUAUGCUCAUUCUCAGUUCGAAGACUUCCUUUGAGCACCACGUCAAGCAAGAAUAGCAUCAAGUCAAGACAAACUCAUUUGUAACAUCAAAAAGUAUCUAUAAAAGUAUAUCUCUUGCUUAAUG